CUGGUUGACCAAGGCGAAGACGAAGGCCACACUGACGGCGGCAGAAGUCGUUCAAACUCGCGAGAGCCAAGGAGUCGGCGAGAUUCUCGGUCACACGACAGAAGUAGGCAUAGGCAUAGCCACACUAGUUCUCGCCGUAGCGAGAUUAGUUCUCGCCGUAGAGUGAGCCGAAACGAGGAACGUGGCAGUAGUCGAAGGCAUAGUUCUCGCUCGAAAGACAGCGUAGAAAGGGCUCGAAGUAAGUCAGAAGAGCCACCGGUGUGGGCCAAAGAGAUUCUCGAGAACCAGCAGAAAACAGCGCAGGAUCUGUUGCGUUUGAAAACGGAGAUUUCCACGGCGAAGUUGAAAGUGUCGAAUUCCACAGCAGUUCCAAAGGUCGCUGAACCGGAAUUUCGAUAUCAAGGGAACAAAAAACAGUACGAACUAAACAAGAACGUCCUUGCGCAUGUAGAUCGAGCACUCACAAGUCAUGAUAUGGGGGAAAUAUCCGUAGAAUUAUCCCAAGGUAAGAGAAUUCUUGAGGAACGGAAUAAACAUAUUUUGCUGGCGGAAAAAUACGGGUGGGACACAGUUCAUUGUUACACGGCUGAGCCCCUCGCUAGUGACUCGGAGGAUGAAAAGCGAAUCAAACGGGCUGUAAAAGAGGGCAAGCAGUUGAAAAACGAGAAAGCAGCCGAGGCGGUACGGUUCAAACCAAAUAAGCAAAUACGCGCUCCGGAAAGGCGCAGUUUUGGAGGCGACAUGAGGGCAUCAUAUUCGCAGUCUUCACGUGACAACCGCAUGAGCGCUAUGACGUGUUUUCGUUGCUUCAAGCCAGGUCACCUCGCGAGAGAGUGUCGGACAGCAAACGCCCGAUUCGUUAUUGGUAGUACACCCCAAGCUAACCAAAACGAUAACUGGAAAAAACUUGUGGUGAUGAACCCGAAGUAA